AUGUCCAAGACGGUCGCCUUCCUCGGCGCCUCCUCCGGCGUCGGCCUCGCCACCCUCCGCGCAACCCUCGCCGCAGGCCACCGCGCCAUCGCCCUCUGCCGCACCCCCGCCAACCUCACAGCCCACCUGCCCCUCGAUGCGCACCCGAAUCUACGCAUCGUCGCCGGCAACGCCCACGACGCCGCCGCCGUGGCGCAGGUCCUCCAAAAGGACGCCACGCACCUCGUCGACACGGUCAUCUUCACCAUCGGCGCCCGCAUGAAGGGCCUCUCCUUCGAGGACCCCCACGUCUGCGAGAACGGCAUCAAGGCGCUGCUCGGCGCCCUGACGCGCCUGCGCGCCGACGGCCUCGGCGGCAGGCCGCGCCUCGUCGUCUGCAGCACGACCGGCAUCUCGCGCCACGCGCGCGACGUGCCGCUGCUCAUGGUGCCGCUGUAUCGCCUGGCCCUCGCCGUGCCCCAUGUCGACAAGAGGGCCAUGGAGGUCCUGCUCGAGGGCGGCGGCGAGGAUUUCACCGUCGUGCGGUGCAGCCUGUUUGUGGGCGCCGCGUCCGAUGCCACGAUUCGCGUCGGCGUCGAGGAUCCCGUCGCCGGCACCGAGUCGACGGCCAUUGGCCCGUUCCGCUCUCCACUCUUCGGCUCACAGAUGUCGACCACCACGCCCGGUGGCGCUGCAGUCCCCGCGCAGGUCUCGGCGUCGCCUUCGGAGGACAGCACGAAAUCCUCGGCGCCAGCGUCCAAGCUGCGCAGCUGCGUCGUCUGUCGCAGCCGCAAGGUCCGCUGCGACAAGCUGUCGCCGUGCUCCAACUGUCGCCGCGCCGGCAUACCCUGCACCGUGGCCUCGAGCGACCGCCCCCCGCGAUGGGCGCGUCGUCUCGAUAAGCUGGCGGCGCGGCCUUCGGCGCCGCAGGAAAGCGAGCCGGCGGCCGGUGCUGUCAUGGACCGGCUGCGGACUCUGGAGAAGAUGGUCAAAGACCUCGGCGCCGAGCUCGAGCAGGCCAACGCCGCGAAGAGCGGGGAUCGUCACGCGCCGUCUCCUGAUGGCGAUGGGCUCGGCAGCCAGCGCCAUGGUCUGUCGGCGGCCCCUGCUGCUGGUGUCCAGCCGGGCAUGGGACGAAUGCUCGAUGCCCUCAAGGCAGACACGCAAGGUCUCGCUGGCGGCGAUUCCGAUGUCUCCGAGGACGACACGGAUUCUCCUGGUCAGACGGCGAGCACACGAGAGUCAGAGCGUGGUGCUUCUGAGCGCAACGGCCUUCUGUUCGGCCAUAAUCUUGGGCCAUCCGCCCCCGACCUCGGCCAAUUCCGCCCGCUUCCAUCACAGAUUCCCUUUCUUGUCGACGUCUUUUCGGAAAAUGUCAACUUUUGCAUACAAAUCGUGCACAUGCCGGCUCUCAGGGACAUGAUCCGCGACAUGCGCGGUAGGAGCGCGGGCAGCAUCCCUCCGGCCAACGAAGCCCUCGCUUUUGCCGUCUACUAUGCGGCCGUCACCUCCAUGAGCGAAGAAGAUGUCGCCUCGAGCUUUGGCGCCGCGAAAGCAGAGCUCAACUACAAGUUCCGUCUCGGUCUCGAGCACGCCCUCGCGCGCGCCGACUUUAUCCGGCUGCCCACCGUGUCGCUCGUCCAGGCCUUCAUCAUCUUCCUCGGCCUCGCGCGCCGCCACGACAGCCCGCGCUACGUGUGGAUGAUGACGGGCCUCGCGGCGCGCAUGGCCGUCGCCGUCGGCCUGCACCGCGACGGCACCCACUUCGCGCACCUGUCGCCGUACGAGGUCGAGAUGCGGCGGCGCGUCUGGUGGUGCCUCUGCCUGCUCGACAUCCGCGCCGCCGAGGACCAGGGCACCGAGUUCUCCAUCGCCGACGGCGCCUUCGACACGCGCAUGCCCAUCAACAUCAUGACGGCGCGCACGGCCGACGGCGGCCCCGAUGUCGCGGCGCAGCACCGCCUCCUCGACGCCUUCCGCACCGACUUUGCGACCUGGGGCUUCAGCCACCACGUCAAGGACCUCGCGACGCUGGCGUACUGGGUCGGCUCGACGUCGACGCGCCUCGUCAUCGCCAAGCUGGCCCUCUUCAUCCAACCUGGCGACGCUGCUGACGGCCGGCGACACCCGGUGUGUCGCCCCGCAUACGCAGGGACGUGCGCUCGUGGCCGCCAUCGAGGUCGCCGAGUUCAACCACGUCCUCAGCGCCGACCCGGCGAGCCAGCCGUGCGCUGGAUUCGUCGAGACGUACAAGCCCUGGCACGCCAUUGUCUUUCUCCUCAUCGAGGGCCGCGCGCCGCCCCGUGGUCCGCCGUCGUCGAGCGCGCCUGGGUCGCCCUGCACAGCCGCUGGCUGAUCCCGGCCCAGCCCAAGGGCGACAAGAGCGCGCGCGUGUGGAUCCCGCUGCGGCGCCUCAUGCGGCGCGCGCGGCGGCACCGGGAUGCCGAGAUCUGGCGGCUGCGCGCGGACCCGGCUGCCGUCGAGGCGCUUCAGAGGCAGGAUGAGGAUGUUCCGGUACCCGUCAGCCCCGGGCCGUUCAAAGGCGGCGACAGCUUGGCGUUGUUUGCGAGACACUGGCGGGAUGUCGUCUCUGGGCCGCGACAGAGUGGCCACGGUGAUCCUGCACGCUCCAUCGAUCGAGAUCACGCAGGGGCGAUGCAGUUCGCUUCGCCCUCACGAUACGAUGAUUCGGGGUCCCAAUACGGUGAGACGCAAUUCAGUCAGCGGUUUCCAAGCCACGAAUACACGCAACGGCAUGAGAUUUUGGGGGUCUCUCACGACCAACUCGAUGAGAUGGGUCUACCAGUGGACUGGUCAAGGAAUGGCGCAUUGAGCCUAGACCUGACCCCUGGGUCGUGGGAUAUGGCAGACUUUGAGCAAUUGGGAGGCGCUGACAUGGACAUGAAUGGCGAGGAAAGCAUGAAUUGGGGACAGUGGCUGGAAUCUGCCACACUGAUGGAGAUGGAUAAUCUGUGA